AAUAUAAAGGCCAGCGAAAUGUCUAUUUUACGAUUUAUAUCGCUUUAAAAGUCUCACCUGUCCUGUAACUUUAGUAUCUUCCGUUAACUCCUGCGAAUGUGCUGUUUAUAGUUCAGUGUGGUGCUUCUGCAGUUAUACAUGGAUAAACACUUCAUUAAUUAUUAAAAACAGUCAUCUGAUUGGUCAAACUUGGACGUUUUACUGGUUUUGAUGUUUUUACUCCGGUAGGUGGCAACAAAUGACCGUCUUGAAGUUGUGACAGUCAAUCAUUCAUUCAACCGAUUCGUUCAAACGGCCGAACGAGUCAUUGAAUCAGUGACUCGACAGUUUUGUUCAAAAACAACGAUUCAUUGAAGAGAUUCAGGAGUGAGUUCAAGUGCUGCUCGGCUCUGCGGUGGUUCUGCUGUGGCUUUGUUUGGAAAACAGACAAAGUGACGCAAUAUUGUGUCUAAAAUGUUUCUUAAAUACUCCUAAUUUGCCGUGAUUCAGCAAAUUGUCCUGGUCUGUACUUACGCCAUUGGUUGAACCAGAAUUUGACAGCAAGCAAUUUGCUUUGCAGUGGAAAUUGAAGAAAUGUUAGAAAUACAAAUAAUCAAGAUUGAAGAUCCCGGAUGUCUGUGGGCUCGAGUUCUGAAAGGACCAGGCGUUCAACCGGACAGUCCAGAGGAAUAUGAGAACCUGAAAGUGAAAAUGAACCUCUUCUACCAUAAAGUCAACCUGGAUGUUCAAAAACUAAAGCCUGCUGAACUGAAGGAGGGGCUGGUGUGUGUGGUGUUCAGUCUGGCUCUGAAGAGUUGGUGUCGAGCUGUAGUUGAGUCUGUCUUUCAGGGGACCGUAGACACUCAGGCCUGGUGCUUGUUAGUAGAUCACGGAGAUCGAAUCAUCGUUGGAGCAGAUGAUGUACGAACUCCUCUUGAGAAGUUCCUGCAGCUUCCUUUCAGAGUCAGACGCUUUAAAUUGGCAGGAAUUUGUCCGAUGACUCUUCAGGUGCCCAUCUCUGAAAACACAGCAGAGCUUGUUCCAUCUUCAACAUGGGACAGCUCUGCUACAAAAUACCUGCACAAUCUAUUACAAGUGUCAACUCUGGUUGAAGCCGUCCUGUGUGAAACACAAGCUGGCUUCUGUGCCAUUGAACUCUACUUGACUAUCAAUAAUACAAAGAUCUGUGUGAACCAUGAGCUCGUGGCGAAGAAGUUUGCCUGUUUCAUGAGUGAGAAAUCCAGUACGCUGAAAGGGAACAGAAAUGGAGAUCGUGCUCCUGUCAGCCUGGCAUGGGACAUUUACUCCAGCCCUCAGCAGCUCUUAGAAAUGAAAGGGUGCUGUCCUGUCAAAGCUCCACCACCAGAUAUUCUCAUCAGAAAAGAGCAGAACGAUGAUCCACAAGAUCAAGAAACAGUAGUAUUUUCUCAUUCAGAGAAGCAGAAACCACAAGAGUCAGAGGAAGCAUUCAUGCCAUCUCAGGUUAACCCUCAAGUCUCAAAAUUGACCCGCAAUGCUGGAACCGAUACCAUUGGCAGAGGAUGGCGCAUCAGAGCCGAAGCCACGGACAUAUUCACAGAUAAACACUGUGGUCAGACUGAUGCACAAAAGCUUCAAUACAUGAAGUUAAACGCACUUUUACAUUCAAAGCAGAUUCCUCAAUCUGUUGAAGAGAAGCAGUACAGUUCUGAUCAAACUGACAAUAGCAGCAGCGUUUCAACACCAGCUGCAGGUUCACCAUCACGUGCGAGUGACUCCUCAGAAGAGCAGAAAGUGGCAGCUGUCUCACAAGAGCCCAGUCUUGAAGAUCAACUGACCUCUUCUAGACUCAUGCAGUUUCUGAACCCUGAUCCACUCAAUCCAGAACAGGAGUCUCUUGAUGCCAAAGUUGUACGCUGUGAUCCGGGUCACUCAGGAGUUUUAGUGCACGCCGCCCUUCGUGUUGAACCCUGCAGUAACCUCACACGUGCACCCAUCAGUGAAAAAUUCAGAAAGUUCCUGUUGUGGAGGAAAUAUAAUGGACCAAAUGUAGCAGAGAGUUACUGCUGGCCCGCUGUGGCACGAGGUUUUGAUACGGUACUGGUAUCGCACAGCGGUGACAAUCCUCUGUCCUACAUUCCUCCUCUGCUGAUGCUCUUACAGACGGUUUCUGUCGUCUCCAGUCUCGCUGCUCGCGCUGGGCCCAUAGCAGUGAUCCUUUGUCCGGGCUGGGAGAAGGUUCAGACAGUGCUGGAGCUCCUGGAGGACAGUAAAGCAACUUACAACCUCCAUCCCACCAGUGUGCUGCUGGGUGUGGACCAGGAGGAGCCCAAAAAAUUCAAGAUCCAGAGGAACUGUCAGUUGCUGGUGACAACACCAUUUACCAUGACGAGGCUGCUGGAUGCUCAGUGCUUCCUGUUCUUGAGACUGUGUCACCUGGUGCUGGAUGAGGCUGAUGUGCUUUAUUCACAAGCACCUGAGCAGAUGUCUGUAAUCCUGAAGCACUUCCAGAAGGUGGUCUCUGGAGAGGAGAGGUCCAGGUGCCCCAGGCAGAUCAUUGCGGUGGGCAGCCGCUGGAGCGCUGGGAUAGAGGGUCUGGUCAGAGAACACAUGAUUUACCCUUCCAUCAUCAUAACCGUGAUGGAGGAGGCAGCUCUGUACGGCAGAGUACAUCAGAGGGUUCAGUUGUGUUUGGACUGUGAUAAGAUCUCCGUUCUGCUCAGUUCGCUGGACUUCCACCCGCCCAAACCCCAGAAAACCCUCAUCAUUACUAACUCUGCUGAGGAGACGGAGCAUGUGUAUAAGGCUGUGGUCAACACUGCUGUGUUUACACUGAAAGCUCAUGAAGAUCUGACAGAUCAGUUUGACUUUGUCAUUGAUCAGUGGAGAAAAGACAUCGGCCAUGGAACGCAAGUCAUUCUGGUUACUACCAAUGACUGCCUUAAGGCUCUCGGUAUCCGGGACGCCAUGUGUGUGGUGCAUUAUGGGUUUCCCACCUCCCCGAAGCUCUUCGGCAGCCGCCUGUUCUGCCUGUCGGAGAAUUUCAGAAACCUUUCAGAUGCGGAUCAUGCCGAGAGCUCCUCUCCUGCGGCUCAGUCCGUGUUGCUGCUGUCAGAGCAAAACGCCCGUCACGUGUGUGGAGUCCUGCGAUACGUGAGGAGAACCGGUGCUCUUCUGCCCCCUGAGCUGCUACAGUUUGCUCUGGGCGUCCAGCAAGCCAAAGAGGAGCAAAAGACAGACAGACCCCUCUGCACCUCGCUCAAGAGCUUCGGCUUCUGCAGAGACACCAUAGUUUGUCCAGACAGGCACAUGAUCAACAAAUCCCUGGAUCAUCCAAAGCACCCUGACUCUGGGACUAUCAUGGUUUUGCCGCUGUGCAUAAAGUCAGCAAAUGUGUACUCUGGCCGCAUCGUGAGCCAGAAAGAUGAUCCUUAUGAGACUCUUGCUGCUGAAAUGAACUCACACUAUGCCAGUGAGAGACGCUGUGCUGUGGAAGUGCUGAAGGGAGAACUUUACGCUGUACAAGAGGAGAACGUCUAUAACCGGGUGCGUGUGAUUGAAGUGCCGGAAAAAGGAGAGCAGCUGUUCAGCAGCGUCACCGCCUGUUUCAUAGAUGAGGGCCGCACACAGGAAGUGAAAUCACAUCAGCUACUCCAACUUCCUGCUCAGUUCCAAAAUUUGCCAGGCCAGGCUGUGGAGUUCAUCCUGUGCAGAGCCCAGCCCGUCGAUGGGGAGGUGGACUGGAACCCAAAGGUGACCAGAGCCAUUAGUCAGAAAAUCAAAGGGAAGCUGCAUCAGGCCAGGGUUGUGAUGAGUGUGGGAGAUACUGUCUGGGUUGAUCCUAUGGUGCGUAUGACACGUGUUCCUGGUCUGAAGACCUACAUUAAUGAGUAUAAUGUCCAUGCUGAGAUCUUGGCCUCUGGGUUUGGUGUGAAUAAUCCUCAGCACGUGGACCUGCUGAAGAGAGUUUUCCAGGGAGACGAGAACGCAAACACACUCCAGCACUUGCCAGAUGACAGAGUUGAGGUUACAGAUGAUGAUCUGACCAGUAAGAUGAAGGAUUUAUGCAGUGGUCAUAAUGCCAUGGAGUUCAACCAGACUCCCAUCAGCCCCCAAAACAACAGUGCUGGCUUGUGUAAUGGAGACCUGCAGGACACUGUUGAUGAUGAUAACGAUGAUGAUUCUUCAGAGGGAAGGAUGAAUUUCAUGAGCCCUGAUCUGAAUGGAUUCUCAUCUCCAAACCAGACCAGAUCUGCCAGCUCUGAAACAGACAAAGAUGAAGCCUUGAACAUCAACAAAUUACAGACAGUCACUGAACCACAGAGUUUCCACAAGCCAGCCUCUUUCUCAUUCCAGCCUACUAGUUUUCACCCACAGAUCAAAUGGUUCCAGAGGGGCGAGUUGGUCACGGUCUACAUAAAGCUCAUCAGUCCAGUGAUGCAGAAGUGUGAAUUCUACUCAGACACUGUUGUUUACAGUGGGUACGUGAAUGACCGGCACUACUAUGCGAAGCUCGAGCUGUCCGGUGACAUCAUGGCAGAGGAGUGCUCAUGGGAAAUGAAGUGCAAUGAGCCUGUGAUGAAGCUGAAGAAAAAGGACAAACGGGACUGGAGAACACUUCUCAAACACAAGAGUCCAUUUGUCAGCUAUGAAUUUGACUACAUUGAUGAGACUCGUGUAUCUUCAGUAAACGGCCACUUGUUCCUGGCUGAAGUGGGAGAGGAGGGCUAUUACGUCAGCUCUGAGAGCGCCAGCGACAGUGACUGAACAGGACGGAUCCCAAAUACAGAACUCUUCUCUGGUACAUUAAUUAUAAUAAUUAACAUCCGCCUCAACAUCAGUUUCUUUUCAUUGUCCAAUUAAUAAUGAUGAUAAUAAUAAUAAUAAUAAAUUUUCAAUAUUUGCGUUGAUGUUACGCCAUGUCUUUAAAUGGCUUUCUUGGGUUUUGCUAGUUUUGUUAACAAAAUGUCUAGUUUUGUGAAUGAAGUGUUUAUUGAUUGCAGUGCAUAUAGUGCAAAGUGUUUUAGUUUGUUCUUUCAUAUGAUAUUUAAGUUUUUUGUGGAUUUC